GCGCUAAACUCUUGGGCACGCCUACUGGACCUGGACCUACUAUAAAGAGCUCGCGACAGUUCUCGGGAUCCAGUUUUCAUACAUUUUGAUAGACGCUCUUCUCUGGCAGUGAAAUGUCUUGGCUGAAUAUAUUUUAUCACCCGCUGUGGGUUUUUUCCACGCUGCUGCUGUCGUUUGUUGUGCGUCUGCAGCGGAGAGGACCUUGGGAUCCGCGCGCCUGCACCGUCCGCCUCAAUGGGAAGACGGCUAUAGUGACCGGAGCCAAUACAGGGAUCGGGAAGUUCAUAGCCUUGGACUUUGCUCGACGUGGGGCCCGUGUUAUCCUUGCCUGUCGAAGUGAAGCCCGAGGGACGGCAGCGGUUAAAGAAAUACGAGAGAAAACAAAAAAUGAUGACGUUCACCUCCGUUUGGUCGACCUCUCAUCUCUGGAGUCUGUCAGAGAGUUUGCAAAAAGGAUAAUAGAAGAAGAGAAAGCACUCCACAUCCUUGUCAAUAACGCUGCAGUAUCUGGUUUACCCAGGCAGAUAACUAAAGAUGGGUUCGAUAUUUCUUUUGCAACCAACCAUCUUGGACCAUUUCUUCUCACUAACCUGCUGCUGGACCUUAUAAAGCAGUCAGCACCAGCCCGUAUUGUCACUCUGGCCUCAGUCAACCAUAAGAAGGGCAAAGUGGACUUCUCUCAUUUUCAGGGCGAGAACCUUGUUUAUCACAUGGAUAAAGUUUACAACCACACAAAGCUGCAUAAUGUUAUCUGCACCAAUGAGCUGGCACGCAGGCUCCAGGGAACAGGUGUGACUGCAAACUCUGUCCACCCUGGCAUUGUCAUGACGGAGGUUUUAAGAUACUAUCCUCUUUACGUCCGUUUUAUUUUCAACCUUAUUGGAAGUUGCUUCUUCAAGUCGGCAGAAGAGGGAGCGGUGAGCUCGAUCUACUGUGCAGUGGCGGAGGAAAUGGAGGGAGUGACGGGGAAAUACAUCGACAGUGAUUGCUCCAUGGUUCUCCCUGCUCCAUUAGCUCGGGACACUGCCCUGGCAGUCAAGGACUUUGAGGUUUCUGAGAGACUGACUUCAAAGCUGUGAAAUGGGUAUCUUUGCAGAUGGACAUUUGAUAACUGAAACAGGUCAAACAUACCUGUUUAGCCUGAAAGGCUUGUGUUGAGUAAAAAGUGUUGAAAUAAUGUGAAAGUGAUGAAGAUCAACAGUAGGUUCUCCCAGCUCCUUGUGUUACACUCAAUCCUAAAUUAACAAUUGUUUUGUUGUACUAUGUUAUCAAGGUCACAUGUUAUUAUAGCUCUGAUGACUACGCCCUACAGUUUGAAUCAAUCAAUCAAAUUUAAUUCAUAUAGCGCCUAACAAAAGUUAUCUCAUAACACUUUAUAUUUAGAGCUGGAAAAAAACAGACUCUUAAGCCAAUUUUCAGAAAACCAACAGAAUCCUCUA